AUGAGCGCGAGCGGCCCGGCGGCUACCGGGGACGGCCCCGCGCUGCCGCCGCCGCCCGGGCCCAGUCCGGGGUCCGCACCGCCCGAGCCCGCCGCCGCCGCCCGGGACGCCAUGGACGGGCGCGCUGAGGUGCCCGCCUUCCCGCGGGCCGGAGCCCCGCCGCUCGCCGCCAGCGACACGGUGCCCGCGGCGCCCGAGGGGGCUGGGGCGGCCCGGCCCGGCCCGCCGCCGCGCCCCACCUCCUUCUCGGUGCUGGACAUCCUGGACCCCAACAAGUUCAACAGCAGAAGACGCCGCUGUGUGCUGCUGGGCCCCGUGGCGCCCGCGGCGUGCGCCCCGGCCCCCGCCGCCCCGGGACGCCCGCCGCGCUCAGAGGAGCUGGAGCGCCGUGCCCUCGCCGCCGCCGGAGGAGCUGGAGCCGGUACCGGAGCUGAGCCGCCGCACGCUGGCGACCCCUGCAAGGCGGACGAGGCCGAGGCCAACGGCUACAGCAGCGGCGGUGGCCGCAGCCCGAGCGCGGACAGCGGGGACGAGGCGCCCGACGACGAGGACGAGGACGAGGCGCCCGAGGCGGGGGCGGCGCACGGCGCGGAGGCGCGGGGAGGCGGCAGCGGCCUCGGGGCCCGCGGGUCGGGCUGCCAGGGCGAGGCCGAGGCGCCCCCAGGCGCUGUCGAUGAGGCCGCUGUCCCCGGCCCCCGUGGGAAUUCUCCGGGAGCCCCGGGCCCGCCGGGAGCCUCGGCGGCGCCCGGGGACGCGGGGACGACCCCGCAGGGCGCGGCGACGGCGACGAAGCCCAAGCGGAAGCGCACGGGCUCCGACUCCAAGUCCGGGAAGCCGCGGCGCGCGCGCACCGCCUUCACCUACGAGCAGCUCGUGGCGCUGGAGAACAAGUUCAAGGCGACGCGCUACCUGUCGGUGUGCGAGCGCCUCAACCUGGCGCUGUCGUUGAGCCUCACCGAGACGCAGGUGAAGAUCUGGUUCCAGAACCGCCGCACCAAGUGGAAGAAGCAGAACCCGGGCGCCGAUACCAGUGCGCCGACCGGCGGCGGAGGGGCACCGGGGCCGGGCUCCGGGCCGGGCGCGGGGCUGCCCGGUGGCCUCAGCCCGCUCAGCCCGUCGCCGCCCAUGGGCGCGCCGAUCGCCAUGCACGGCCCGGCCGGGUACCCGGCGCACGGCCCCGGCGGCCUGGUGUGCGCCGCGCAGCUGCCCUUCCUGUCGAGCCCGGCGGUGCUGUCGCCCUUCGUGCUGGGCUCGCAGACCUACGGCGCUCCCGCCUUCUACGCGCCGCACCUCUGA